CACGAGCUCCAAGCCUGCAGUCUGCACUGCUCACCCGAAAAGUCAAAGCCGAAAGAGUAUAUCGCUACCUCGUCACUGCUUCUCUGGGGCUGACCUUCUCGAUUCUGUAAAGAACUACCUAAUGUGAGACGACUUCUUGCUGGAUUUCCCCUCGAUGCCAGCAUGGCAAACCUCAUCUCCCUCGCACUCACCACCUUUUCCUCGAGCUCCUCCAAGGUGCACUUGACCACCCGCGAGGCGCUCUCCGGCAUCUUUGGGUCCAUCUCGCUCGCCUGCUGGAUCUUCCUCCUCGUGCCGCAGCUGAUCGAAAACUACCGCAAUGGCUCCGCCGAAGCCAUCAGUCUGGCCUUCAUAUUCGUGUGGUUUAUCGGUGAUAUCUGCAAUCUCGCUGGAGCCCUGUGGGCGGGGCUCGUGCCGGUGGUGAUCGCCAUCGGCGUCUACUUCUGCAUUGCGGACGGGGUCUUGAUUUCGCAGUGUCUAUACUACGGGAUCGUGAACAAAAGGCGGGAAGGAAAGGCAUUGCUGGACGGCGAAGCCUCGUCGCCGUCGUCUAGCUCGGCUGCAGCACAACAUCGCCAGCAGGAUGACGGUCCGGACGAAGAGGAGCCGCUGCUGAAGCGCAACCGAACCAACAGCAUCACUAUCCCUGGCUCUGCGGAGCGAAGACACAGCAGUCACAGUACCCGACGGAGACGAAGUAGUGCCGCGGUGCAAAAUGAUCAACUUGCAAAGAUACUGGAGGAAAGCGACGAGUCGGGAACAAGACUCUGGUUCAAGAACGCCAUGAGUGUGUUGGCCAUUAUUAUCGUUGGUGCAGCCGGCUGGGCUCUUGCGUAUGAGUCGGGUGCCUGGAAACCGUCGUCGACCUCCGAAGAUACAAGUCAGGAGAAUAUGGCUCCUGGUGCCCAAAUCCUGGGGUAUCUGAGUGCUGUUGCGUACCUUGGAGCGCGAAUCCCACAAAUCAUCAAGAAUGCUAGAGAGAAGAGCUGUGAAGGUCUUUCGCUGCUGUUCUUCAUUCUUUCACUCUUGGGUAAUGUCACGUACGGCGCGGGAAUUUUGUUCCAUUCGACCGACGCCGCCUAUAUCAGAAAGAACCUGCCCUGGCUUAUUGGUAGCCUCGGCACCAUGGUGGAGGAUGUGAUGAUCUUUGCCCAGUUUCACAUGUAUCGAGACCGGGAGGCUGAAGAAUCGAGGCGUGGAGAAGCUGUGUUUUGAAAAAGCAUGUGCCAUUUUUGUACAGUUUGAAUUUAUCCAUGUGGGAGGAGUCCAGUCGUGCUAAGCAGAAAGUCCAAAUUCAACAGGAUGACAGUUGUGUGAACCGAUAUGAUGCGAGCAUCUGGUGGACUGCUACGACGCUGAAAUUAGGGCAGGUGUUUCUGUGUUGAAGUACUGUUGAUGCAGCAGAAUCAAUGAUCUUUCGGCCAGCCAAGUCCAGGUUCCAGAAUGACUGAUAGAAUGUGACAGAUCGUGUCAGCGGACACUGUCCUAUAUCCUAGUUACUCUUAGGCUCUUCUUUCAGGUCGGAGCACAUAGUACUAUAUACAACAUUGUAGUCCUGCUGGAGUAGAGAACGGAUCAAUCAGCUCGUCUGCUGCUCCG